GGGUGGGCGUGGGACCCCCAGCACCAAUGAGGACGGCUACACAAAGUAUUUCAGUUCCCGGAGAUGGGAGCCAUAGUAUCUGGUUCUUGUAUGUUUGCUUGAUAUUUGCUGGCAAAGACCAUUGGGCCGACAUAUUUCUGAAAAUCAGUCUUUUGAAUAAUUGCAUUGCCCAGAUGCACAUUGAGAUUGUUAUGCAUUUUAUUUUCUAUAUAUUUCCAGGUACCAUUCACUUACACGCUUACAAAUCUUGUACUUACUCAUUAUACUGAACCCAGAAACAGUCGUGAAUAACUCACUCUCUAGCUAAUGUUAGGCAAAUAUGUUUAUCUGAGAAGCGCUGCUCAUAUUCAAGAGCCAUUAAGCUCCUCCCCGGCCCCUCCCAGAGAGAGGGCUGAAAUCCUGCUAACGAGCCUCCACACCCUCCACCCUGAUAACUCUGACCUAAAUCUCUUUCCAGUAAAGAAAAGGUGAAUGUGAUCUCAACUGACCUAACCCAACACGUCCUUCCUGUUACCAUGUUUUUUUGUGUUUUUAUUUUUUCUGGUGCAGUGAUGUCGUGACGGGAGGGUAAUACUGCCUGAUAAAGCACUGAGCCAAAUGUAUUAGCUUCCCAAGUGCAGAAGAGAGAGUCGCUACCUGAAGCCCUGAUGACGUGCAGCUUAUAAGGCCAUGUGUUCGCCUCUCAUUCACUAAUAUACAAUAUAUGUUCUGGGGCUUUUUUCUGAGCUAAAUCAGCUGCAGGCCUUUAUGAUAAAUGACACAGGGGACGUCCUGCUUCUCCCUGUUUCCUGGAACAUGGGUCCCUUGUACUGCAUUGUGGCGAUUCUGCGGCCCACACAUAAGAGAACGGAUGUUUUCUGCGAACAUCUAAGUUCAUCUAAGAUUUCUUUAUUCCCAGUGACUCUUGGGUUAGGGUUAGGGUUUAAAUUCUUUUUCAAUUUAAACAGUUUUUUGUGCACGUGUGCGCAAGAGAGUACAAAUUCCUGAGCUUUGUGCUUCCACUGGAGUGUAUUGGUGAUGUAUUAUUACAUGUAUAUUUUUUUCGUUUUUGCUGUUGAAAUGGCUGCUGCGUUUGUGUAGGUCCCCUUUGCAUGUUUGAUCUGGAAGAACAGGUAUUCCGUCUGUGGCUCUCACUACUGUUCGUUUACAGACAAAUGGAUGCAGGGGGUGGGGGUAGGCAGGGGGCUGUAGUAUUACAGUCACAUAUUUGUCAUGCGUAAAUGAAGGCUUAGAAUGUCCACACCCAUACCAGAAACUCACUGGACCACACCCCAACUGCCCUCCUCAAAACUUGGGUGAAAAGUAAUUUAACACUGACCUUUAAUCCAUCUUUAGUCAUUUUAAUCCUCCUCCUUCUGUUUGUUUUUUUUAUUAUAUAGACCAGUAUAGUGCACCUUUCUCUUCCAUGCUGGGAAAUCCCAUGCUUGUCCAUCUAGUUCCUUGUUCUCUGGAAUCCUCACAUUGGGAGUGCUGAUUCCAAGGGGGCGUGGCUUUGUUCUGAGGGGGCCGGAUUAGUGUGAUGUCAUCUGACAAGGCUGAUCUUAAGCUGCACACUGGAGCGCGGUGACUGGCAGAGUGAGUUGAGGCCGUCCCAGAGCAGAAGGGGUGACAGACACUUCAGGCAGUAGCUUUAAAUAGCAUUUAGUUUUUUGGUAGUUUCUUGUUCUUCUGCAGUCUUGGAAGAAUGAAAAUUAUUCACGGAUCGCCGCUUAAACGGGACUCCUUUCUGGCUGAAGGCUGACAGUUGUCUCUUGUGAAAGGCACUGAAGCCUGACUGAUGUAUGUCAGCGUUCUGCUUUUUGGAGCUUUCUGAGCACGAUUAACGUGAAUCCGUGCAUUUAGAAGCGACACAGCGGACGUUAGGAUAUCGCCAUGAUCAGUGCCUGUAACUCCCGGCUGAAGAAGUAUCACAUGCAGGAAGCCAUGAAGUUUAACCAUCAUGUACAGCGGCAGGCCCUGGGAGACGGUAACGACGACUGGUUCUGGACAUGGCACAUCCAGGACCCGGCCAGUCAGAGAUUAACAUGGAACAAUCCCCCAAAAAGUGUCCUUGUCAUCAAAAAGAUCAGAGACGCCAGUUUGCUGCGGCCGUUUAAGGAGCUCUGCAUAUUCCUGACUGAGGUGAAAAACUUGAUCGUCUAUGUGGAGAAGAAAGUACUGGAGGACCCGGCGAUUGCCAGCGACGAGAGUUUUGUGGCUGUCAAAAAGAAGUUUUGCACGUUCCAAGAAGACUUGGAUGAUAUCUCUGACCGCGUGGACUUCAUCAUCUGUCUCGGGGGAGAUGGGACCUUACUGUAUGCCUCCUCACUCUUUCAGGAGAGCGUCCCCCCCGUGAUGGCCUUCAACCUGGGCUCCCUGGGCUUUCUGACCCCUUUCAACUUCGACACGUACCAGUCGCAGGUCACGCAGGUCAUUGAAGGGAAUUCGGCCAUUAUCCUGCGGAGCCGGCUGAAGGUGAAGGUGGUGCGGGGGUGCAGUGAGAAGAAGGCCUUCGCUCAGGACGCCGUGGACGAAAUGGGCUUGAUUGUCACCAACGGUGAGACCGAGGCGGCUCGCAGGACCAUGCAGUACCAGGUGCUGAAUGAGGUGGUCGUGGACAGAGGCCCCUCCUCCUACCUCUCCAAUGUGGACCUCUUUCUCGAUGGUCACCAGAUCACCACCGUGCAGGGUGACGGUCUGAUUGUUUCCACGCCCACAGGAAGCACAGCCUAUGCAGUGGCUGCAGGUGCCUCCAUGAUCCACCCUAACGUCCCAGCUAUCAUGAUCACGCCCAUCUGUCCCCACUCCCUUUCAUUCCGUCCAAUCGUAGUACCUGCAGGGGUGGAGCUUAAGAUCAUGCUCUCCCCUGAUGCCCGAAACACAGCGUGGGUCUCGCUGGAUGGACGGAAGAGGCAGGAAAUCAGUCACGGCGACAGCAUCACCAUCACCACCUCCUGCUUCCCCGUCCCCUCCAUCUGCUUCCGGGACCCCGUGAACGACUGGUUUGAAAGCCUGGCUCAGUGUCUGCACUGGAAUGUGAGGAAGAGGCAGAAUAACUUAAGUUCUGAGGAGGAGGAAGAGGAGGAGUGUUAAGAAUGGUGGUGGAGGUGGGGGGGGGGGGUUGUGAGCACUUUGUGAAAAUUCCUGAACCCCCGGGGGUUUUGUGGGGUGUGAUCGGGAUUCCUCUUGGCACUUUGUAAAGCUCUGUGUGGAUUCCACAAGCUCUCCGGGUUUUAAUGAUCCUGGUGCAGCUGUAGCCACAUUCUGUAGCCACAGAAUCACAUCAGAUCUGGAGGCAUUGCUGGGCAACACGACUUUAACUUGUUUUUACGCUUUUUCAAAGAGGCAAAAACAAGUGUUGGGGAGCAGCUGAAAUUAGCAUCCCUCUUUUUGGCAAUAAAAAAAAUGUAUAGGUGCCUUAUGAUGUAGGAAUAUUAAAACAAGUGUAAAUGGACUGUUAGUAACAUUGUAAUUAACAGAGAAUGCUAUGUUAAUGAGACAUAUCAGCCUAACGUCAGAAUAAGAGAGCAGUUUAUAGAAAUGGUCAAACUUGAUGGCAGUUGACAGUUCUGUGGUUUCCAUGCUUUUUGUCAGCUGUUCUCCAUUAAUGGCAAAUUACACCCAUCCAGUUUAUUUAAGUGUGUUUUUGGCCUCUUGAGCUUGCAGUACAUGAAGGCAGGUUCAUCACUGGUCACCCAAAUGUUUGCCAGGUCUGCUCCAGCUUGCGUGACCAUCACUGUGUUUAUUAUUACUAUUAUUAUUAUUAUUGUUGUUGUUGUUGUUGUUAUUAUUUUCAAAUUGCAGUUGGGUUUCACAGAAAUUUUUGUGCAGUAUUUUUUAUUUUUUUUAACGUUUGAAAGCUUUUUCCUUUGUAAGUUUAAGUUCUGUGGCUUACGUAUCUGUGUAUUGGCCAGAUAGAGACAAAUUACCCAUCUACGCCGAAUUGGGGACCGAUGCUCUGAGCAGUGUUUUUCAAAGUGUUCCUCCUUUUGAUGGCUAAGUGGCAGUAUUCCCUCUGUGCUCCUCCUCGAGUACUCCCUGCUGAUUACUCCUCUAGCACUGAGAGCAUCUGUCAGGGUCAGCUGAUACUGGGGAGGCAGGCUCGGGUGGGAGAGGUGUACAAAGUCUUAGGAAUCCAGUCUUAACAUACUACUUGCGCACUACUAAACGGACCUCGCAGUCAGAGUGUUUCUUAUCUGAUGCCAACUUCCAUGACGUUUCUGGUGUAUUUUAAAUGUGGGAUGUUAGUCUGUCAGUAUGUUACAUACAGAUCAACAGUGAAUAUUACAUGCCAGCUUCCUCUCUAUGCCAGUUUACCAACCUACCAGCCACCCAGGUUAAACACCCUGUCCUCACCCAGUGUGUCUCGCACACACACACACACACGCACACGCACAUGCGCACACGAGGGGCUGAGCACUGUUUCUGGCAUUCAUAUGCGUGUGUGAUUUGUCUAAACGUGAUUUUUAUUUCCACCGUUAGUCAAGUUCUUUGGAGUAACAUUUUACCUGAAAUUGUAAACUUUUAUUGAUAGCUACCUUUGUUUACAAAUGACUGGCAUUUUAGUCCCAGUGUACAGCAUUGUAGCUGUACAUACCCAGACGUGUUCCUGUGUAGGAUUCCCUGUCUGAAGCGUAGAUACUCGAAUUUACAUGUGUGUACACCCCCCUUGGCCCCAACACCCCCCCCCCCCCCCCCCCCACCACUUUGUUUGACCAGUCGUCUUUAUCUGUAGUCUUUAUAUAAGGCUUGUAAAAUAAUUGUCUUCUAGAAAAUGUUUGCUGAUUAACCUUUUGGGUUUACACAUUUUGUACAGAAGAUUUAAAUGAUCAUUCCUUGAUUGAGAUCUGCCCACUCCUACUGAGGUGCAAACAUUCUGGAUAAUAAGAUUGAAUUUAAUCACAGUUUUUCUCCAUUGUGAGAUGGAGUGUAUGUUUUAUAUAAAAUAGUACAGCAUAUAUUUAAAAAAAAUCUUGGUCAACAUAUUUAAUUUUUUGGUCUUUAUGGUCUUUUUUUAUUUUGUGGCCCUUGCUAGAAUUUUCUAAUUGUUACAUUCGUACUGAAAAUACAGAUUGCUGUUUUUCAAGGCGUUUUAAUAAAACUGUAUUAAACCUGA